AUGAUGGUGCUCUUGUCCGGACAGCUUGCCCGCUAUGGCCAUGGCAGCAGAUGUGGUAGAGGCAGUGGAUGUUGUAGGAUCCUGUCAUCCUCCGUCGCAAUUUAUCCAAAGAGGUAUCGUGUGCGGAUUGGAUCUUCUGCAAUUCCUUGUUGGAUCCAUGCCACCAAAUGUCAUGCGAUCAAAGCUCUGUCUACUACUUCGACUGGUGUGGAUAAGUCGAGUUCAAAGAUUGACAACAAGCUCAAUAAACAGAUUGAUCUUAGUCCAAGUGAAGAAGGAAAGCUGCAAUUUCAAAUCACCAAGCAAAUGUUUGAUUUUCUAUGGCCUUCAGUCGACCCUGAGAAAGAUGACAAAGAAACUGUCACAAGGGCAAAAUUGCGCAAACAGAGAGUUUUGGGUUCGCUGGGCUUACUGAUGGCUGGAAAAGCAGUUACAAUUCAAGUACCAUACAUCUUCAAGCAUUUGGUGGAUAGUCUGCCAGGAACAGAUCUCUUGAUGAGUGACCCCACUAUGGCAGCUACAACAGGCCUGCCAAUACUCCUACUCUUGGGAUAUGGCACUGCUAGAGCGUCUGCGUCUGGACUACAGGAACUACGCAAUGUUGUCUUUGCUCAUGUAGCACAAGACAUUAUUCGAAAAGUGGGCCGUCGCACCUUUGAUCAUGUCCAUCAGAUGGAUCUACAGUUCCACCUGGAAAGGAAUACUGGACAGCUAUCUCGUGUCUUGGACAGAGGCAAUCGCUCCAUCACAUUUGUUUUGAAUGCCAUGGUAUUCCACAUUGCUCCAACCAUUUUUGAAGUAUCACUGGUGACUGGAUUGAUGGCCUAUUCCUUUGGACCCAUGCACAGUGCAAUUGUACUGGGAACUGUCAGUGCAUACGUUGGAUUCACACUUGGCAUUACACAAUGGAGAACUCAGUUCAGGAGAGACAUGAACAAACUGGAAAAUGAAGCCAGCGGAAGAGUCGUUGACUCACUUUUGAACUAUGAGACUGUCAACUAUUUUACAAACCAUGAACAUGAAGGAAACAGAUACGAAACAAGUUUGCGAGGAUACCAAAAGGCUGCCUUGCAGGCACAGAAUUCACUCAGUUUGCUGAAUUUUGGACAACAAGCCAUCUUCUCUGCUGGCCUGACUGGAGUCAUGUGGCUUACUACACAACAAAUAAUCGAUGGAACAGCCACUGUGGGUGAUUUAGUACUGGUCAAUGGGCUUUUGUUUCAACUCUCUGUCCCGCUCUUCUUCAUUGGAAGUGUCUAUCGUGAAGUACGGCAAUCCUUUAUUGACAUGGAAAACAUGUAUCAAUUGCUGGAUCAAAAACCUCGGAUUGUGGACAAAGGCACUGCCAUCACGUAUGAUCCUGUGACGAUGGGGACCAAUAUCAGUUUUGAGGCCAUUCAGUUUGCAUAUCCUUCCGCUGCCACAGAACGGCAAAUUCUGAAGGGGACCACAUUAGACAUCAAGGAAGGAAGUACCGUGGCACUUGUUGGGUCUUCAGGGUGUGGCAAGAGCACCUUACUACGGCUGCUGUACCGUUUCUACACUCCCGAUGCUGGCAAAAUUACGCUAGGAGGGCAUUCCAUGGAUGACCUGACUCUCGAUUCGAUUCGGAGAUCAAUUGCAGUCGUCCCGCAGGACACAGUGCUCUUUCACGAAAGCAUUGGAUACAACAUCCAUUAUGGAAACUUGGAUGCUACAUGGGAGGAAGUAGAGGAAGCUGCCAAGAAGGCUCGCAUUCAUGACACUAUCUUAUCAUUCCCAAAUGGCUAUGAUACCGUUGUGGGGGAACGAGGUCUCAAGCUUUCUGGAGGAGAAAAGCAGAGAGUAGCCAUUGCUCGAGCCAUUCUCAAAAGGGCUCCAAUACUAUUUUGUGAUGAACCAACUUCCUCUUUGGAUAGUGCUACUGAGUUGGACAUUAUGACAAACAUCAAGGAAGUUGGCAACGCUACAACAACCAUCAUCAUUGCACACCGGUUGAGUACAAUUCAGGAUUGUGAUGAAAUCAUUGUUUUGCACGAAGGGCAAGUUCUAGAGCGGGGAACUCAUGAUGAAUUGGUGCGAAUGGGAGGUAAAUACACAGCACUGCAAAGGACGCAACAAGAUCAGCAGCUGGAUACAGUGUCAAAGGGAUAA